GUCGGUUCUAGCCUUGCACAGAACCUUCAUUGGCAUCUUCGCUCGUGUUUUGGUCGGGGUCUCUCCCCGUGGUCCACUACAAAACAUUCCAAAAAGGUUCGGGAAAACGCCCCCGAAUCCAUCGAGACAUGGGGGAAACCUUGCGAGUCAGUCGUCUUCAGAUUUAAUUGUUCUAGGCGUCCUACUUAAAUCCACGUGUUGAUCGAAAUCACCUCCAGGAUGACAAUCUCUUCUGUGUGGGAAGGACAAGAGACAUCUCAAGCCACGCCAAUGGUUCGAGAAUGCCGAUCCCGGUCUCACAAACAAUUACAUACAUGCUCCAUACAUCGCGCCUGAUCGAUCACGAUCGCCUGAGUCGGUGGAGUUUCCAUUGAGUAAACAUUUGAGGUGUUCAUUUCGUUUCUCGUAUUAAAAGCUUGGACCGCGCCGUCGGCCCAUGUGAGAGCCAAUCUCCAGGUCAAAAUAGCAAGUUGAUCGGACGACUAGCCUGGUAGCCUGAGGCGCUGGCUUCAGGUUCCCGACCGACACGUGCUCCGCGGAAAAGAAAGUUCACGCCUGGAACCAUGAAAUGCCGGCCCAGCUUUCAUCGAUUCGAUUUUCCGAACCCCUGUCGUUUUACCCUAUUGGCCGGUUGCCUGCAUGGUCUUCAAGCGAGUGACCAUCUGCGAAUUAGCACAAUGCCACCCUACUCGGACACUUUUCCAGGAACGCACUACGACCUCAACAGGUGCCGACCCCUUCCUACCACUUCGGGUGAGGAUCGCCUGCAGCCUAACCACCGUGAAGCACGCAGUGUGGGCUAGUGGAAUGCAUCAUGUCAGAUAUAGAAUAAAGGCACCGGUGCAUGGUUUAGUAUCGUUAUCGACUUUUCCCCUGCCAGUCCUGGAUCGUCGUGAGCGUGAGGGCGAGAUACCUAUUGUCUCACUUGUGGAGUCUGUCAGCGCGGCUGAAAUGGAAAUGGGUAAUAGUGCACGACCAAGUGGAGGAGCUGGCUCUCGGGCCUCGUCUUUUCGUGAUCUCCGCCGCACUCCGCCCGAAGGGCUAAGAGAGAGUCGUUGGAGUAUCGAGAAACACCGAGGAUGGCCAGGUCGCUGAUCGGCUGUUUAGCCUGCAUUUGGGCUGGCCUAGCUAUUGCCACGACUUGGCGAUUGUCGCCUCCUCCUGCUCUUCCACUAUCUGCGCCGAUUUUCGAUGAACUAUUAUCGCCCCUAUAGAGCGUGUCCGUGUUGUGGUUGGCGAUCUAAUCCGAUAGGUCUUGGCCAAAAUUGCACCCACUUCUUUUGUCCGCUGGGUGGGACCACCUGAACGACUACUCCGGAACGCACUUCCUGUUCCUGGUAUGGUCUGGCAGAUGCGCUUAUCUUAGUCGACAAUGGCGGACGUGCUCAUUUAGUUGGACAUCAUAUCGUCCGCUUUCUCUCUCCAAGUCUCCAGUCUCCACGAGAACAAUGG